GUGAAAUUGAAACGUUUGCUCUCGGACCAGCAUAGAUAACCUCGAGGGUUUCGUUGUUGGAUAUGAUCAUUUAUAAUCGGCAUCUUGAAACAAACGAACGGAUAAUAAUGGCAAACGGACGCCUACUACGGGUAUGGAGCGAGGUUACUUCUAUGGUUACUUCGCGACUCAUUCGCGACUUAGGAAAUACAAACUAAAGGACUGUCAGACGUCGUAGAGAACGGUCGCGGUUCGCGGUAUCUAGUUGGCCCUGGUCUCGCGGGUAGAUCGUCGUCUGUAUUAUCGUUAUUUUUUCAAAUAUUAUAUAUGAUCGAUCAAUGAUAAUUAAGUGCUCAGUUUUAAGUGAUUUCUUCAAUUUUAUCACAUCAGUGAGUGGAACUUGGGUGUAGUUAUUGGUUUCGGAAGGGAAAACUGUUUCGAUCAUGCGCGGCACGACUAAAUAAACUCGAAACUCCAACGCGGUACCUCCCAAACGAUCCUCACGAUGAGUUCGGUCCUGUUGGAGGCACGGCCUUUCAGGCCCUUCCGGUCCAGCGAGGAGUACCUGUACGCCAUGAAGGAGGACCUGGCCGAGUGGCUGCAGACCAUGUACCCCCACCUCAACAUCGCCGUGGAGAACUUCAUGGGGAAGCUGGAGACCGGAGUGGCCUUGUGCGAGCACGCUAACGCCCUGAAAGUUCAGGCGCAGGAGUACGUGGAGAAGAAGCAGGCAAAGAAGGUGAUGACUCGAUCGGUGACUGGAUCUCUGGCAGUCGCUCAAGCCAUCGUCAAGAUCGCCGAAGUCAAAUAUUUCAAUACGGCCAAGCCAGGAACCUUCUUUGCUAGAGACAACGUGAGCAAUUUCAUCAAUUGGUGCCGAAACUCGCUGAAAAUAAUUGAAUGCCUUCUCUUCGAAUCUGACGAUUUGAUUAUGAGAAAAAACGAAAAACACGUCAUCUUGUGUCUGUUAGAAGUGGCCAGGAGAGGUGCCAAAUUUGGAAUGUUAGCUCCGAUGCUGGUACAGAUGGAAAGGCAAAUCGACAGGGAGAUAGCUGCCGACCAGAAGAAGCUGGGAGUGAAUUUCAACGAAGGGCUGGACAACCAGAACGUUUUAGACGAUGACGACGACGACAGCGACCUCGAAGACGAAGAAACGGUUUUGAUGUACGGACCGGCACCGCAAAUCGUCACCAACGAUUUGAAAAGUCUGGACGAAAUGGUCAGAGAUUUGGUAGAAAAAUGCACUUGUCCAACGCAGUUUCCGAUGAUCAGAGUGUCCGAAGGAAAAUAUAGAAUUGGUGACACCAAAGUGCUGAUCUUCGUUAGGAUCCUCCGCAACCACGUGAUGGUGCGAGUGGGCGGUGGUUGGGACACCCUGUCCCACUACUUGGACAAACACGACCCCUGCAGAUGUCGCAGCCAGCACAGAACGACGCAGAGCGCGAAGCUAGUGAACAAACCGGGAGCAGUCGAUCUGCAUGGGUCGCAAGUUUACUAUGACAGAUCGUCCGCCCCCGACCCGCCCAACGCCCCCACCCUCACCGCGCAGGGCGCGCCCGCCUACCUCGGCCCGCCCACGAACGCCCUCAACAGGUCGCGGUCCCGCUCGCCGGCCGGCCGCCGCUCACUCAGCCCGCGCAAGGGCCUAGCCCCGCCCCCGAUGCGGUCGAGGAGUCCCACGCCCAACUACACAUCCAGCCUGGACGCCAAGCUGUCGACGGGCGGGAGUCCGCAGCGCAGGGCGGGCCCGCAGUCGCUGCCCGCCCCGCCCAAGGCGAGGAGCGUCGUUAGCAGCAUGCAGAUCCCGAUAGAUGCCAAGGUUUUGAAAUCAGAAAUCAGUCUACAGGUGAACGAUACUGACCAGCACAGUGAUACGACUUCAGAAAUGUCCGACGAAGGCUACAGAAGCCUUGGAAUAAUACAAGAUAAAAGUAGGCAAAGGUCUUCAUUUUACAGUCAAAAUUCUGCAGAAGAUGCUGAAGAAAAUGAGCAUCUCAUGUACACAGAAGACGAAUUGAACGAUUUCGGCCUCAGAAAAACCCAGUUCUCACAAAGAAUCUACGACAACGAAGCGAACAUCAAGGCGAAACUGGAGAAAACCCUCCAGUCCAUGGAGAAGCUGUCCGAAUCUCCCUCCAGAUCGCCGGAGAUACCUCGGCAAGAAGAAAUAACCUCGGUCGCCGCUAAAACCCGCGAGCGCUCUUUCCUGAGUUCGAAACCGGAAGUCCAAAAGAAAUCCUCCAGCAGGACGAGCAGCGCGGAAAGGGCACCGGAAGUACAGAAGAGUCCCAGAAAGGGCGCUUCGCAACUGAAGAAGCCCGAAUCUAAGAUCAGCACUUGGAGUGGACGGCCUAAAAGUUCGCGGCCUAGCGUGACGAUGGAAACGUUCGUUUCUCCUUUUGCCAGGAAUUCAACAGGCAGAAGAAGCGUUUCGGCUAUCAACGACAGACGUUCCUCCUCCACCAACACCUCUCCUACCAAGAGCAAACUGAAGCAGGAGCUGCUGCAGACUGUCAAGCAAGCCGACGAUGAUGACGAAGCGAUAGCGCUGCAGGUGCAAGCGCUGCUGCGGAAGUAUGGCAGCCUCAGCAUCCUCAACCACGAGGACGAGGAGCCGACGAGUUCACCGUUCGCGAGGACCUCGGACAGGGUGUCUUUCCGGAGCCCUCGCAAGGACUCUCGGCCGGAAAACAACCUGUCGAGGAUACCGGCGCCGAAGCUGGUCGCUAAGUCUUAGAAGAGGGGGGGGGCGAGUCAAGAAACCGAGUCUCGAUAAACAACACAUUUUUCAACUCUCAUUCAUAUACAGAGUGUUCCUUAAUAACAAGCUAAUAUUCAAGGGGGCGAUUCUUGGACUCAUUGCAAGAAUAAAACUUUAUAUGAACGUAUGUCGUAAACGUCCUAACUUUUGAGAUACAGGAUAUCCAAGUUGAAAAUAUGCAGCAUAGAUUAUUUUUUUGUCCACCCUGUAUAGCUUUUCGUGAUGACAAAAUUCAGUCUGCUCUGUGAGUGAAACGGUGCAGAAAUUUCAAAAUGUUAUUACAUACUGUGGUUAUCCCAUAAUUGAUGUCCUGAAUGGAGUAGGUACUCAGCUCAGCAUUUACAU